UGUAAUUCAAAGUGCAUCUCCUGCAUUUGAGGAAGGACAAAUUCAUGAUUGAAUGGUGGAUUAAUAAGUAGCUUCUUAUUCCAAGAGUAGAAGAUAUCCUGGAAGUUGGAAGAACUGGAUUUUCACCCUAGUCCAGCAGCUUUGCUGCUCACUUAAACACAGAUGAAUGAAGACCCCAUUUGGAAAAUCACCAGGUCAGCGGUCCAGAGCUGAUGCAGGUCAUGCAGGAGUGUCUGCCAGCAUGAUGAAGAAAAGAACUUCCCACAAAAAGCAUAGGAACAAUGUGGGACCAAGCAAACCUAUUUCUCAGCCGCGAAGAAAUAUUGUAGGCUGCAGAAUACAGCAUGGAUGGAAAGAAGGGAGUGGACCUGUAACACAAUGGAAAGGCACAGUUCUUGAUCAAGUUCCUGUAAAUCCCUCUCUCUAUCUUAUAAAGUAUGAUGGAUUUGACUGUGUGUAUGGACUAGAACUGCACAAAGAUGAAAGAGUUUCAGCACUUGAAGUUCUUCCAGACAGAGUUGCUUCAUCUCGAAUUAGUGAUGCCCACCUGGCAGACACCAUGAUUGGCAAAGCUGUGGAACAUAUGUUUGAGACAGAGGAUGGCUCAAAAGAUGAAUGGAGGGGGAUGGUUUUGGCUCGUGCUCCUAUUAUGAACACAUGGUUUUAUAUUACCUACGAGAAAGAUCCCGUCUUGUACAUGUACCAACUCUUAGAUGAUUAUAAAGAAGGUGACCUUCGCAUUAUGCCUGAUUCAAAUGAUUCACCUCCUGCAGAACGGGAACCGGGUGAAGUUGUGGACAGCCUGGUAGGCAAACAAGUGGAAUAUGCCAAAGAAGAUGGCUCAAAAAGGACUGGCAUGGUCAUUCAUCAAGUUGAAGCCAAACCAUCUGUGUAUUUCAUCAAGUUUGAUGAUGAUUUCCAUAUUUAUGUCUACGAUUUGGUGAAGACAUCCUAGACAUCAUCAUGAACUUUAGCCAAAUUUGUGGAACUAUGAAAUGUAAAAUUUGUAGACACAAAGACUUGACUGCUUUCCAGUUUAAUGAAAGCUUAAAUGUCCCUGCGAACCCACAAUCUCUGCCAGCAAAACUGUUUUGUUCUGAAUAAUAUAAACAAACGUGACACAUUUUGUGUAAGAGAACUCCUUUUCUUAAAGGAAGUCAAUAUAUUUGGGCAGGAGGGAGUUAAAAGCAAAGAACAGCUGCAAAUUCAAGCUGUGUAAAGUUGAUCUAGUAUUGUAAUCAUUGAUCUAAAUUUUUUCAUAGAUUUUAACUUUUUCUUCAAUCUUGCACUCACUUGUUCAACUGCCACAUGCAAGUGUAGUUUGAUAUUUUGAUAUGCCUUCUUUUGUAACAUUAAAUUUAAUUUCUUGGCUACUGGCAGUCCUUGUUUUCAGGGUUGAGACAGUCGUGAUUUUUCUGAAAGGUUUAAACAGUUUGUGCAGUGUUGAGGAAUGCCUAACCCAAGUAACAUCAAUCUGCUGUGUUUCUACACUUUAUUUCAAAUUUAGUUUUUUAAGAACUUGCAGUACAUGGAAAUACUUGUGCAUUUUUACUAGUCACAGGGCAGUAGGAUAUCAAGUGUUCAACUUACGCACCUUUCAGUGAAAAGGCUUUAACUAUAAAAAUGUAUUUAAUCCGUAUAACCAGUUAAUUAGAAAAUCCAGGUUAACGGCCCGUAUUUACAAGUUGUAGGAACCAGUAAAAUACAUGCAACAAGGCUGCCUUCAAUCCUAAAUGUUGUACUUCUUUCUUUGUUUGUUACACGCACUUCUUAGCAAAACCCAAGUGCUUGAUGCCACAACUUUAACAGUAUAUAUGCUACUUCAGAAGACAUUAGACUACGCAUUGGCAAUCAGUAGUCUCUCAUUUAAUAUCAGAACCUAGCAACCUGAAUGUUUGUGUGUGGACUUAGAAGCCUAACAGUAGUUAAUAUUUUACAUGGUAAAUACAAAAUCUCAUGCCGGGGGGGUGGGAGGGGCUGUCCUUUUACCUUGAAGACUUACUUUAGAGAAGGAGAAGCAUUUGUUGCCUUCUGCUCAGUCUGUUGGAUUCCUUUGGUUGGUUUGGUUUUAAUCAUUUUGGUUCAAGAAGGCAUCUUCCCAAUUUAUUCUUUUUCUGGCUUUUCCACAUAAGGAGUAUCCGGACGAAUCUACAGCUUAAACCUGUUGUUGCCUUUUGUGGUGUACAUUGUACUUGCUUUGAGGUAUGCCGUUAAAGUGAAUUUCAUUCUAUGAACACUAGAGUUCUGCAUGCCAGUGGUGUACUAUCUAACGGAAGCUAUAGGCAGUCUCAGUGUUUCGAUCAUCUGCAUUAGAUUGUGGAUGUAAAUAGCAGCCCACAACAGCAAAAUCCUUUCACAGUUUUAAUCUUGAAAGAUAGUUGUAAAUGAAAAUUAGAGGUUUUUAAGUAUGGCAGCUUUUUAAAGUAUCAGAAUUUCAACCAUGAUCAGCAGAACAACAAAAUUGUUAUGUUAAAUUAAGGUAGAGCUCUGCAAGUUUCAAAGACCUACUUCACAGAAAUACAGUAUGUGAAGACAGUCAACACUGUUGAUGGAAGGAACAAAUACCCUGAUAUCCAUCCGCAUGCCAUUAGUGGAGUGAUGCAGGAGAGGUGCUGUUAAUCAAAGUCUGGAGGUCCGGAUGACCUCUAUUGUGGGUGUUCUUGAUAUUGAAGACUCAGUGGUUUGAGCCCCUUUCUGUCCAUUUUUUGGCCUGAUUUCAUAUUUUAGCCUUAAGGCUUGUGCCUCAUUAUGCUGUUGAAUGGUAAUAAAUACUCUCCAUAUAAAUAGGAUACCUUAAUUCUUUGUCCAUUGCUACUAUAUUGCAUUAUGUCCGGUAUUUCAUCAUGGGCAGCCAAAGGCAGGCUAUUGUCUUUUAGUGAAUAGCUUCUCAAUGCAGUCCUUAAGCACUAAGUACCUGAGUCCUAAAUGUUCCUUGUGUUUUGAACCAAGUGAGCAGAUUUGCAACACAGUGUUUUCAUCCUGCAGAUCUGUUAUGUGUUUUCUAUUGACUCUUAAGAGUCCUGCAUGUAAAUCUCAAAGCUGAGCCUGGCUCCAUGAGCCCAAGUUGAUAUUUGUGGCACAAGAAUGAGUGAGUGUAUUGAUUACACACAGGAUACAUGAAUAACCUAGUACACUGAACUUUGGGCUAUGUAUCUGAGGAAUACAAGGUUUAUUUUGAAAUAUCAGAGGUUUAGGUCUACUGGAACAUUUUUAGCAUUAGGCUUGCAUUUGUGGGUUUUCUGCAAGCCUCUUGAAUACACCACGUAUUCUGCCAAUUAGAGCAUAAUCUAUAAACUGUAAAUUUUAUGGUUGUUUUUAGAUGUCCCCAUUGUCUCUUGCGUAGGUAUUUCUUUUCAUCUUUACUUUCCUUUUUUUUUUAAUAGCUUAAACCACCUUUUUGAGGCUUGAGACUAAUUCCACUCCCUGCCCAUCUGCUUUGGGCUUUGUUUUAGGCUCAUGUUUCAGAUCUGCAUGCAGUGCUUGCGUUACCCUGGUAACUAAAUGUUGGUUCCUUGUUAUAGGGGUUCAACAUUACUUUCCAAAAUCACAUAAGGCUUGUGAUGGCACAAGCCAUGGAUCUUUGUAUAAAAGUUAUGCGCCUUUCACAUUUACCUGCUGUAGUAUUGUUGUAUAUUGUGUGUGUGCGUGUGUGUGAUGUCAGGCUGCCAUGUAAAACUUUUUAAAAGGGGAAAAAAAACACCUUAAAUGCAGACCAUCCUUUUUUGCAUGCUUAGAGAGUUAGAACAUUCAAUGUAACGAACUUUUAACAAAGUUGCAUGUUAAAAUGUUUAGGUUUUUGUUUUGUUCUGUUUUUAUUUUGUGUUCAGUUUUUUGUGAAUUUGCUUAUUGUGCUGUUUUAAUGGUUGUUAGUAGGGUUAAAUGCACCGGUGAGACGAGCAUAGUGCCAACGGAAGGUAAUUUUCCAGUUGUAUGUGUCAUACAGCAUUUGAAGGGACCAUGUAUUCUGUUAAAGAAAAAAUUGCAAAACACUACGUUUUUCUUCUUUCGAGUGCCAAACCUUAAACUAUGUUGGAGCAGACUGUGGGGAAAACCCUUUUUAUUGCAACAGGUAGAAGCCUUCUUUAAGUGAAUUAUUUUAAAACUGGGGCUUCAUGUUCAGACAGAAUUGACUAGUUGCAUCAGGGAAAAUAAUUAUGGUAAAAACAGUUUCUGGUUCCUUGAAAAUGCUGUGCUUUUUGUAUUUUACAUCAUUAGUGCAAUUUGGAUGGUUCUUGGUAUGUGUAUAGUUCAAAGGUCUUCGUGUUCACAUUUUAAAAUUAGGUAAUAACUUCAUCUUUAGAGCUUGGUUUCAUUAUUUUUAUUUUACUUUGAACAAUGUAGACAGUUCCCUGUUCUCUGCAUUUAGAAGUAUAAACACUUUAAAUCUGUUACUUAAUUCUGUAAGUAAUUUUUAUAAUUAUGAUGUAACUCUAUCCUUAAAACAUUUAAAAUAAACCCUUUAUGUGCAACUUA